AAAAAAAUUCAAAAUUAGAAUUUUUUAAAUGAAAUUUUGUAACUAUAAAAUUAGAGGUCAACGUUGACUAGUUUUACCUGAAGGACACGAGCGAAUGGCGGGGAAGGAAAAGUAACGCAACCAAACCAAAUAACCACCUUUUUUUCCUUUCUUUCUUUUGUUCUUGAUCUCUCUCUCUCUCUUCACUUUCCCUCUUAUUUUUCUCCCAUGGGAUUUUAAUCUAGAGAGAGAAACACACAAAUUGAGGAUUGUAUAUUCUAGAGAGAGAGAGAGAGAGAGAUCAGCCAAAUCAAUCAACUAAUCCCAUGGGGACAUGCAUGUCCCUGCAAAGAAGCUCAACCCUCUUCAAGAAAACGAAAAAAUCGAAUACCGAUUCUCAAGAAUUUCAAAACGGCAAAUUAUUCAGCGGGAAAUUAGCCCCGUUGAGAAUAUCCCGUCCAAUCCAGGUUCUGAAAGAUCCAACGGGCAACGACAUAUUCAGCAAGUACAGGUUCGGAAAAGAGCUCGGAAGAGGAGAAUUCGGCGUAACUUACCAAUGCUUCGACGAUGCCAAUGGGGACUGCUUAGCAUGCAAGAAAAUAUCAAAGAGCAAACUGAGAACGGAUAUAGAUAUAGAAGAUGUAAGGAGGGAGGUCGAGAUAAUGAGGCAUUUGCCUACGAACCCAAAUAUCGUGAAGUACAAAGAGGUAUACGAAGACAAAGAGGCUAUUUAUCUUGUGAUGGAGCUUUGUGAAGGCGGUGAACUGUUCGAUAGGAUUGUCGCUAGAGGCCAUUAUACCGAGAGGGCUGCUGCUCUUGUCACCAAGACCAUUCUUGAAGUUGUCAAGGUAUGCCAUGAACAUGGAGUAAUACAUAGAGAUCUGAAGCCUGAGAACUUUUUAUUUGCAAACGAGUGCGAAAAUGCGCCUCUUAAGGCAAUUGAUUUUGGCCUUUCCAUUUUCUUUGAACCAGGUCAAAGAUUUAGUGAAAUAGUCGGAAGCCCAUAUUACAUGGCACCGGAAGUUCUAAGGCGCAAUUAUGGACCGGAAAUAGAUAUAUGGAGUGCAGGUGUUAUUCUUUACAUACUCUUGUGUGGAGUUCCUCCUUUUUGGGCAGAAACAGAAGAAGGAAUUGCACAGGCAAUUGUGUAUGGUGAAAUAGAUUUCCAAAGGGAUCCAUGGCCAAGAAUUAGUGAAGAUGCCAAGAAUCUUGUUAUCGGCAUGCUCGAGCCUAAUCCUCACGCUCGUCUCACUGUCGAACAAGUCCUAGGAAGCCAAUGGAUACAAAAUGCAGACAAAGUUCCAAACAUACCUUUGGGAGAACGUGUUAGAACAAGAAUUAAAAAGAAUUAA